AAAAGAAGCUUCUUUUAUUUUUUCUCCACUGCAAUCAAAUACUACUACUAAACUACUAAUACACAAACCUCAUUCUUAUUAGUGUGUUCUUGAGUUUUACAUGCUAUCUGGUAUUACUAGACUAGCUCAGAGCUUUGCUUUACUUGUAUCAUUUCAGAGGUCUUUCAAUUUCAAUUUCAAUAGCAUUUUUUACAUUCUUGAACUGUACUGUUUUGAACUUUGAUGUCUACACCCUUGGAAGAGCAUGAUUACAUAGGCUUAUCAGAGGUUCCUUCAAUGGAAAACUCUGAGAAGAGCUGUGUUUCCUCUGUUGACAGUGAGAGGAAGGCCAAAGGCUUGAACUUGAAGGCCACUGAGCUGAGACUAGGGUUGCCUGGUUCUGAGUCACCAGAGAGGGAGAAUGGGUCUCUGGUGGAGGAGAAGAAUGGGUACUCAUCAGUUGGGGUUUUGGGGGCCAAGAGGGGGUUCUCUGACACCAUUAAUGGUGGUUCUGAGAAGUGGGUUUUCUCUGCAAGUGGUGGAUCUGAGGCUGACUUGCCUAAACAAGGUGGAGCCUUGUUUUCCCCUAGGGGUGUCAAUGGGGGUGCCAAGAUCCUUGCUCCUGAAACUAAUACCCAGCAGUCUUCCAUGGCUUCCACUCUAAUGAAAGAGGCUCCUCCCCACUCUCCAAGGCCUGCCCAGGAGAAAAAGCCUCAGGUUUCUGCUUCACCUAGCCAUGGUGUUGCUCCUGCAGCAAAGGCACAGGUGGUAGGAUGGCCCCCAAUUCGAUCUUUUCGGAAGAAUUCGAUGGUUACUAAUCCUCCCAAGACCGAAGAAGGUCCAGAUGGGAAGUCGGGGUCGGGCUGUCUCUAUGUCAAAGUCAGCAUGGAUGGCGCCCCUUACCUGAGAAAAGUUGACCUUAAGAUCUACGACUGCUAUAAGGAUCUGACUUUGGCUCUGCAAAAGAUGUUUAGCUGUUUUACAAUCGGUCAAUCGGGAUCUCCAGGUGUUCCUAUCCGGGAUGGAUUGAGCGAAAGUAGAUUGAUGGAUCUGCAUGGUUCCGAAUAUGUACUUACCUUUGAAGACAAAGAUGGUGACUGGAUGCUCGUUGGUGAUCUUCCAUGGGAAAUGUUCGUAGACUCUUGCAAGCGUCUAAGGAUCAUGAAGAGUUCAGAUGCUGUUGGUCUAGCUCCCAGAGCGGCCCUGGAGAAGUGCAAAAACGGUUAAAAGAAAUGCAGUGCUCUCACUGCAAGUGGAUCAACAACACUCGGGAAGCCUUGAUUUGCAUUUGAAGUUGGCGUUCUAUAAGUUUGUGUAGCUACAAAUAUUCCAUGUCGACCUAGUAAACUGAAAAAAAAAAGGGGGACAACUCUCCAGUAAAAACCUCGUAUUCGUAUUCACAAUAACUCUGAUCUUAAGCUUUCAUAGGUAUGCUUUUCCUUAAAUUUCCAGAUUGUAUUCUUACGUAUUUGCUUCAUCAAGGCUUUUGUUGUCGUCGUCUUCUAUGUAAAUGGCUAAUGGUAUUGUCUUGUUUAUCUCGCUCCCCCAUCACCACCACCAUCUCUUAGCCACCGGUUUAUUUCGCGUGGCAGUUAAACAGUUUUAACACUCAUCCAUCAACUGUAUCAAUUGUACUAUGUUGUUUUGGCUGCUGUUGACAAUUAUACAGUGAAACUUAGAACUACCAUA